GGCACUGGUGGGGGCCAUCGCGGCGGAGGAGCGGGCGCAUGUGGCGGUGGGGGUGACGUGGUUCGCGAGGGCGUGUACGGCACUGGGGCUGCAGCCGGGGGAGAUGUACAGGCGCUGGCUGCUGCAGCUCAACCCCGACCUGCUCAAGGGCCCCUUCGACCACUGCGAGCGCAACCUGGUGCGGCUGCCCAGGGAGUGGUACGACCCGCAGGCGUGGCCGCAGCAGCAGCAGGAGAUACCGCCCCCGUCAAUACAGCCUUCUUCGCAGCUGCCAUCGUCACCGCCACCGCAGGAACAGGAGCAGCAGCAACCGCAACAGCAGGCGACGGCAGCAGCUGCGGCCGUCCCUGUAGCCGACGGCGGCAGCUGCAGUGGGCAGCAUGCGGGGGGUGUCAGCUCGGCCCCACAGUGCACGACGCGGGACCGGGUGGUGCGGCCGGUGCGGGGC